UCAAGAACACUUCACCCGAGCAGACAUGUCGCGCGUCGCUGUGGUCACGGGUUCCAACAAAGGAAUCGGAUUUGGUAUCGUAAAGGGCUUGUGCAAACGAUUUGACGGAGUUGUGUAUUUAACCUCUCGAGACGAUGAUAAAGGAAGAAAGGCUAUAACAGAACUCAAUAAAUUAGGAUUACACCCGGAGUAUCAUCAACUAGAUGUCGCAGACAGAAACAGCGUUCUCAAGUUCAGAGAUCAUAUCAAUAAGAAACACGGCGGCCUUGACAUUCUCGUUAAUAACGCAGGAAUAGUUGACGCAGAUUUAAUCACUUCUUACGAAAAUAGCAAAGAAGUUGUUGACAUCAAUUUUAGAAGUGUACUGACAAUGCAAGAACUGAUCUACCCACUUGUGAGGAAUAACGGCCGGAUCCUUAACAUUUCCAGCGACUGCGGACAUCUUUCGAAUUUGAAAAAUACGCACUGGAUCGAGAAACUGUCAAAGAAGGAUCUGACGAUAGAAGAUGUGAAUGAAUUUGUCGAUUGGUUCCUUGAAUCGAAAAAGAAUGGGACAUUUAAUCCUGAGGAUUUUGUAGAAAGUGGUGCUAUAGCAGCUUACAGAGUGGCCAAGAUGGCGCUGAGUGCUGUGACAAUGAUACAGCAGAAGGAACUUGAGGCAAGGAACAUAUCUGUGAACUCGAUGCAUCCCGGACUUGUGCGGACGGACAUGACGACCGGUAAGGGCUUCUACGACAUAGACCAGGCAGCGGAGACUCCACUGUACCUCGUGCUCGACGCUCCUCAGUCGCUGAGAGGAGCAUACGUUUGGUUCGAUAGAAAGGUCUUAGACUGGUACGAUUACAAAGCUGACUAUUAUUUCAAAAUUAAAACGCUCGCUUAAAAUUUGUUGACUAUGUAAUGAAUGUAUAUUUGUUUAUAAAUAAAUAAAUAAAUGAAAAGAA